GAGGAAGUGAGAGGAGGAGGUGAGGUGCAGCAGGGAGCAGGUUCUGGGGCUGGGGACUGGCUCCCUGGGAGCCCAGGCCCCAGGCUGGCCAGGAACUGCCUCUCACACUGGUGGCUCUCCCCACAUCUUGCAGCCUGUUGCAUCGAGGGUCUGUGGCAGCAUGGCCCAGGCCCUAGGUGAGGACCUGGUGCAGCCUUGCGAGCUGCAGGAUGACUCCAGCUCUUUGGGGUCUGACUCAGAGCUGAAUGGCCCGGGCCCAUAUCGCCAGGCUGACCGCUAUGGCUUCAUUGGGGGCAGCUCAGCAGAGCCAGGGCCAGGCCACCUUCCUGCAGACCUUAUCCGGCAGAGGGAGAUGAAGUGGGUGGAGAUGACCUCGCACUGGGAGAAAACCAUGUCCCGGCGGUACAAGAAGGUGAAGAUGCAGUGCCGGAAAGGCAUCCCCUCAGCGCUUCGUGCCCGGUGCUGGCCCCUGCUGUGCGGGGCCCACGUGUGUCAGAAGAACAGCCCUGAUACUUAUAAGGAACUGGCCAAGGCCCCAGGAGACCCACAAUGGAUGGAGACCAUCGGCCGGGACCUGCACCGCCAGUUCCCUCUGCACGAGAUGUUUGUGUCACCCCAGGGUCAUGGGCAGCAGGGGCUCCUGCAGGUGCUCAAGGCCUACACCCUGUAUCGGCCGGAACAGGGCUACUGCCAGGCCCAGGGCCCUGUGGCCGCUGUGCUGCUCAUGCAUCUGCCCCCCGAGGAGGCCUUCUGGUGCCUGGUGCAGAUCUGCGAGCUUUACCUGCCCGGCUACUAUGGGCCCCACAUGGAGGCCGUGAGGCUGGACGCCGAGGUGUUCAUGGCCCUGCUGCGGCGGCUGCUUCCACGUGUGCACAAGCACCUGCAGCAGGUGGGCGUCGGGCCCCUGCUCUACCUGCCCGAGUGGUUCCUGUGCCUGUUCGCCCGCUCCCUGCCCUUCCCCACAGUGCUGCGUGUCUGGGACGCCUUCCUCAGUGAGGGUGUGAAGGUGCUGUUCCGUGUGGGGCUGACGCUGGUGCGCCUGGCACUGGGCACCUCAGAACAGCGCCUGGCCUGCCCAGGGCUCCUGGAGACACUUGGUGCCCUCCGAGCCAUCCCCCCUGCCCACCUUCAGGAGGAGAUCUUCAUGUCCCAGGUGCACAGCGUGGCUCUGUCUGAGCAGGACCUGCAGCGGGAGAUCAAGGCCCAGCUGACCCAGCUGCCAGAGUCGACAUCUGGGCCACUCCCACGGCCAAAGGCCCGUCUGGCCGGGGCCCAAGCCAUCUUUGAGGCCCAGCAGCUGGCAGGUGCACAGGGAGGCACCAGGCCUGAGGUGCCCCGCAUCGUGGUGCAGCCCCCAGAAGAGCCCAGGCCACCACGGCGCAAGCCCCAGACCCGAGGCAAGACUUUCCAUGGGCUCCUGACUCGGUCUAGGGGCCCCCCUAUUGAGGGCCCCCCCAAGUCCCAUCGAGGCUCCACCUCCUUCCUGGACACCCGAUUCUGAAGGUCCCACUUCUGAGGGUACCAUGGAUUCAGUGUCCCCCAACCCGUUACCUGAACGGGUGAUGCCAGCCUCACACAUGGGCACUGCACUUUAUGGCUGGGGCUUAGCGACUCAGCUGCCUUAUCACCGUGGACCAACCGUAGUGCAUGAACCAGGAGGCACCGGCUAGAGGUAAAUGAUCGAGAUUUAUUCAAAAUUCUUGGGGUUUGCAAACCCGAAACAAGACUAAGCAAUACGCAGAGUCCCGAUGGAGACAGAACAGCUGAGAGUCCUGCGGUAAACAAGUUCUACUGUACAUUCUUGAGUAGAACCAGUCCUGCGUUGGGGAGAGAGCCCUCUCCCAGCCGCCCGGAGGUCGGGACUGUGCACAUCCGUCCCUCGGGUCUCCAUUUCCCCCCAGUCCUAUCCACAGGAAUUCCUGCACCUCCAGGCACCGACAGGACGGUUCCGAAGCUGAAGUCCUCAGGCCACUUAACCUAAAUAAAGUGACUUCCCCGUGAACACGUGUGCCAGCCUGGCGCUACUGAUUUCAUCUUCUCCACUCGUUCCUCACCACGGACCGUGUCAGGCACGGGAUGAAGGAAGGUCACAGACGGGGUUUGGGCGCCCAGGCCCACCCUCGCCCCACAGAGCUGUCCCCUGGCAAGCACAGAAGCAAUACUGAAGGAGCACGAGGGUCAGGGCAGACGCUGGGCUAAGGGACCCCAAAGGGCUCCUGGGAAGGU